CCCGCUCUCGCGCGGGCGGGAGGGGCUGGAGCGGAGGCGGAGGACGGGCCGGGGGGUGGGGUGGGGUGGGGGGACGAAGAUCCGGGCCCCGACUGUAGCUUCCUCCGGGCGGAGCCGCAUUUCCAGCCACCUCCGCAACCGAGCCGUUCCUGGCCGUGCCGCCUGGAGGCGCGGAGCCCGCCCGGCGCGCCCAGCCCCGCAGCUCCGGCCGGGGCGGAGGCCGCCGGACCGCGGAGAUGCGGGGCGGGGGCAGGGCGCGGGGAUUACGGUGGGAUCAUGGCAGGGCUGGGCUCCGAUCCCUGGUGGAAGAAAACCCUUUACUUGACCGGGGGAGCUUUGCUGGCCGCAGCUGCGUAUCUGCUCCACGAACUCCUGGUCAUUAGGAAACAGCAAGAGAUUGACUCCAAAGAUGCUAUUAUUUUGCAUCAGUUUGCAAGACCUAACAAUGGUGUCCCCAGUUUAUCUCCUUUCUGUUUGAAGAUGGAAACUUAUUUAAGGAUGGCUGACUUACCCUAUCAGAACUAUUUUGGUGGAAAACUCUCUGCUCAAGGGAAAAUGCCUUGGAUUGAAUAUAAUCAUGAAAAAGUUUCUGGGACAGAAUUCAUAAUUGACUUUCUGGAAGAGAAACUUGGAGUGAAUUUAAACAAAAACCUCGGCCCUCACGAAAGAGCCAUCUCCAGGGCGGUGACCAAGAUGGUGGAGGAGCAUUUCUACUGGACGUUAGCUUAUUGCCAGUGGGUGGACAAUCUCAAUGAGACCCGGAAGAUGCUCUCUCUUAGUGGUGGCGGUCCCUUCAGUAACCUGCUGAGGUGGCUCGUGUGCCACAUAACGAAAGGAAUUGUGAAGCGCGAGAUGCAUGGCCAUGGCAUUGGCCGCUUCUCAGAGGAGGAGAUUUACAUGCUGAUGGAGAAGGACAUGCGGUCGUUAGCAGGGCUUCUGGGUGAUAAGAAGUACAUGAUGGGGCCCAAGCUUUCCACUCUUGACGCAACUGUCUUUGGACACUUGGCACAGGCAAUGUGGACCUUACCUGGGACCAGACCUGAGCGGCUGAUAAAAGGUGAGCUGAUCAAUCUUGCCAUGUACUGUGAGCGGAUAAGGAGGAAAUUCUGGCCCGAGUGGCAUCACGAUGAUGACAACACCAUCUAUGAGUCCGAGGAGAGCAGCGAAGGCAGCAAAACGCACACGCCCCUGCUGGAUUUCAGCUUUUACUCAAGGACAGAGACCUUUGAAGAUGAGGGAGCAGAGAACAGUUUUUCCAGAACCCCAGACACAGAUUUCACGGGACACUCGCUCUUUGAUUCUGACGUGGACAUGGAUGACUACACGGACCAUGAACAGUGCAAGUGAUGUUCAGCCUCACUGACCCUCUUCUGUUGGAGCUGCCACUCUCUGGGGUCGGUCCCGUUUCCCAGGUAGAAAUCCAUCCGAGCUGGGAGGAGAUCUCUGUGCUUGGCACGGUUCUCACAAGCUAACUGGACUAGAGCAGCCUUAUUUCUUUUUUUGUACAAACAGAACACAGAACCAUUUCGAUGGCUCCAUUUAAAACAAACAGGCAAAAAAAAAAAAAAAAGUCAGCAUGGUUCCUGAAAUCCAUUUUUGUUUUCAUUAGAAAACUAACAUUGUGUGGUGGAGCAGGUGCAAGGAGAGGUUGUCCACAGAUCGUGUGUACGCUGAUCCUCUUCAGCCCGAGGCCUCACUUGCGAGGUGGAUUCUUGAACAUCUUUCAUCCAGCAGGGUUCGAAGUCAUGAGAGAUGCCGUCAGAAGAAAUGGAGGAGAUGGAUGUUCUCUGGGGGCUGCUUGUAUUUCACGUGUGCAUAUUGUAUGGUGAUAUAUAAGUCAAAUAAAAUCCAUAGAUAUUCAGUGAACACCUACUAUGUGCAAAAGCACUUGCUAGGUGCUAAUCAGUAUCAGUUUUAUUCUAAGCCCUGCCAGUGACGAGCUGUGUGAUUUCGGGCAAGUCCCUUAAUUCUUGUGUGCCUCAUUUCCCCCACCUGUAAAGUGGGGGUGACAGUAGUCUCCACCUACCUACCUCACAGGGGUGUUGUGAGGAUUCAUGUGGUAGCAUUUGGCGCUUUAAACCUCUCGGAAGAGGUGUGACAUAAACACAUUUUAUUCUUUAAUGUGCUUCAUGCGUGUGAGGAUUGGAGGGCCGAGGAAUUCCACAUGCAGGCAACAGCAGCCACGGCCGAGCGGAUGAAACACACACCGAGGCACAGUGAGGACUCUGUCUCCAGCCUCUUUGCAGUCUUGCUUGAAUAGAAAUCUUUUGUUGAAAGAACCCUGGAAAUAUUUUUAUGGAUCAUCAACAGCUGCAAACGGUCUUCAGUUCUCCUGUAUAUUUGCAGAGAAGUCUUUCUUUCUUUCUUUGCCUGAACGCACAAUGGGACCUUGUCCUCUGUUGGCCCCGGAGUGUUAAGUUGACUAUGUUUUAUUUACUUGAAGGAAAUAAAGCUCAGGAAUAGGAUGGGUUUAACAGAGGUGACAGGGAAAGUGUUUCGACGGACUUUUGCCAGCAGAAGCUUGCCAACUUGUAAUGUCUUUUUUGAAAACAAACCUUGCAAGGUGUAUUGACAAGAUGAAGUAGGAAGAGGAUCAUGUGUUUCGUAUCAGAGCACUUUGGGCGGUGUAGCCUCUAUGCAGUUUUAUUAAUGCAACUUUUCUGGUGUUCUCAGCCAUUGUCCAGCGAGGGGAAGGCAACGCUGAGGAAAAUCUUAACAUUUCUUAAGGAUUCCCCUCCCCUCCCCUCCCUGGACCUCCUCUGCCUCCCUGUAGUACCCCUGAACUUUUGGGGUGCCUUAUGGACGAAGGCACACUAUCUCUGAAGAUACAGUUUUGGUUGACUUUGAAGAUCUUCCAGUGAAGUAUGGGGCGAAGACCCUUGGGUGAUGGCUGUGGAUUUGGGCUUCUGACCCCAGCUGGCUGGGUAAGGGUUAUUCCUUGUGGGGUUAAAGAGGAACUCCUUAAAAGACAGCAACUUCUUCUGAGAAGUUCAUGUACUUUACUUGGAAAAGACUCUCUUUGAAUUUAAUUCUGGCAAAAACAAUCCUAAAAUUCUAUGGAUUCACAAAGAGAUAAAGGGGGAGCAUUUUUGAGGCUAGUUACUGUGAAGCAACUGGGAAGGGCAUCUGUAACUGGGAAGAAAUACUGAAAUAACCCAAGCUAGACAUUGUUAUUCCACAGAAAACUCAGUGGUUAAUAUCUUAUUGACACCCUUCAUUUUUGAGCGGACUUUUUGAUGCCUCCUGAGAAUGUGUUGGCGAGAAUGGAUAAGCCUGUUCUGUUUCCAGCAUCAUUUGGGACUGUUCACCUCUUCUCUCUCCAGCAAGUGUGUUCCAAGGCCAGCUGGUGGUAGUUCUGUUAAGACUAGGGCAACUCCUAGCCUGAAAAUGUGAAUGUGAUGGACAGGUAGACUGUGGACCUAUCUCCACGAAGACUGAGUUGCCCUUUCCCCACCAUCAGCUGGAUAGAGUUGUGUUUGAAAUUUUGUCUAUAAUUUGUUCUUCCUGUAUAGCACCAAGAGUGAUGUAUCUUUAUGCCAAGGAUAAUUAAGUUAUGAGUAUGUAGAGCCACAUAUAUUUUUUACUGUGUGUUCCUUGGAGGGCAAGUCCAACAACAUUAAAAGUGAAGUUGUAAAACCUCUCCGUGUACCUCCCACAGAGGCCUGAAUUGCCACCUGGAGUCCUGGAUGCUGCCUGGCCACUCUUGACUGGGUACCCGGCAUUUUGUUGGUGUAACUUGAUUUGGAACCCUAGAACAUACACAGGUUUUACUUUCCCAAACUGGGUUAUGGAAACAAAAUGACCAAGAUAAAAACCCACUGUGGUGUGGGUGACUUACACAGUCUUGAUUGGGAGGGCUUUAAUUUUAUGUGCUUCAUUCUUAAGCUGCCCAGAUUUGAAGUGUUCACAGGUGCUACUUCUGAGAGAAAUAACCAGAAAUUAGGGGAUAUUUUUGACCUCUGGCUCACUUGUUCAAGUUCUGUAUUUCUGUUUUACUGGAAAGUAACUUAAGGAAAUGUGAUCUUUAAUGCUAACAGUUGCUUUUGGGUGGACGGAAGACCCAUAGGCCACCUGUUCUUUUUCACCUCUCGUAGAAGUAAAUUCUGCCCCUUAUCCUUCCCUUCACUCCACCCAAUCCCUGUCUGCAUUCAUCAGGAUGAAGGAGCAGCAGCAUUCUGCUCAGCAUUUGCUUUGUCAGAGUAGAUACGAGGGUGAUUUAAAUUUAUGCAGAAGUGAACUGUAUUGUCAGAGGUCCUCAUUUAUUGUUGUAACAUAAUGACUUGUGAAUAGUGACACUACCAAGGCCACGGGCUCCCCAGCUGACUGAUCGUAGACUUAGAACAACUGGACUUGAGUCACAACUGCCGUCUGGUCCUCAAGUAAGCCCUGCCUGUGUGUACCGAGGUCUGAGGAAAGGUGUUGUUGAAACAGCUAGGGUUCAAAGAAAGGAAGCAUUAAGGAUUGUAGCCUCCAGGUUCUCGCUCACUUUGAGAGAAAGUGUAGACUCAUAGAAAUGGAUAGCUGGGCCAUGGAUUAGCUCUAGAAAGUCAUAUUUAUUUGGAGGGCAGACCCAAAACGGAGAUCUUUCAUGUUGCCUUACAUGGUUCUUGCCACUACAUGAGCUUGGCUUGGUUUCUUUUUAAAACCCAUCUCCCUGAGAGGUCACUCCAUUUCCUCGAACCAGCACAUCCCCAGCCUUUUUCAGAGAGUACUUGGAAUCCUCCACUCUUGUCCCCUGUAUCUGUUCAGCCUGGUCCAGGCUACUUCAAGGGAUCUUUCUUCAGAAUCUGCUCUGUGCAAGGCACUGCUAGGCUCUGUGAGUGAUGCCAAGAUGGGUAUCCAAGUCACCAAGACUCCUCAUUCUUGAAUUAUAUCUCUUAAGGAAUCCAUGUCCAUAUGCCCUCCCAUUGGCUAUUUAGUUACUCACUGGUAAGUGACAGCCACUUACUCUGUGUCUGACCCAGGAUCCACGCUGGAUAUAGAGUGUGGACAGAACAGACAUGGCACCCUGAUUUGAGGGCAUUCUCUUUUUGCCUAAACUUCUUCCAUAGCCUCUCUUACAUGCUUGGCCACUUCCCUGAUCCAUUCCACCCAUCACCACAUUAAUAUUUCUGCAAAGCUCUCAUAGGGCACCGUAUUGCUUCAGGAUAAGGUAUUCCUUCAGGCCUGCCAUUCUCUCUUUAUUCAUCUGGUGUCCUGGGACUCCUCCACAUGAGCCAUCCGGUGCGUCCAGGUUGGUCCAUUUGCCUUUGCCCGAACAUGCCUCAUGUGUCCUACUCUGUGACUCUGCUCACGCCAGCCCCUCUCUGCAGUGCCUGCCCUUCCUCUCCAUCUGCCCAGGUCACACACACCUCUCAAGGCCCAGCUUCAUCUGUUCUGCAAGACGAGGUCUCAGCUCAUUAUAAUCUCCCCUUCCUCUAGAAACAUGGCACCCGUCAUUUCCUUCCUUGAAGGCUGCAGGGGAAAGCUAUGCCCAAAAAGAUGGCCAUAUGCUAGAAAAUAGUGGCUUUUAAUUUUUUUUUAACAUUUUUUAUUGAUUUAUAAUCAUUUUACAAUGUUGUGUCAAAUUCCAGUGUUCAGCACAAUUUUUCAGUUAUUCAUGGACAUAUACACACUCAUUGUCACAUUUUUUUCUCUGUGAGUAAUCAUAACAUUUUGUGUAUAUUUCCCUGUGCUAUACAGUGUAGUCUAUUCUACAAUUUUGAAAUCCCAGUCUAUCCCUUCCCACUCUCCACCCCCCUGGUAACCACAAGUCUGUAUUCUCUAUCUGUGAGUCUAUUUCUGUCCUAUAUUUAUGCUUUGUUUUUGUUUGUUUGUUUGUUUUUGUUUUUGUUUUUUAGAUUCCACAUAUGAGCGAUCUCAUAUGGUAUUUUUCUUUCUCUUUCUGGCUUACUUCACUUAGAAUGACAUUCUCCAGGAGCAUCCAUGUUGCUGCAAAUGGCAUUAUGUUGUCGGUUUUUAUGGCUGAGUAGUAUUCCAUUGUAUAAAUAUACCACAUCUUCUUUAUCCAGUCACCUGUUGAUGGACAUUGGCUUUUAAUUUUUUGUGCCUCCAUCAAUAACCUAAUGAAGGUCCUAUGCCCUCGUCCCAGAAAAGUACAUAGAUGUGAAUAUAUGAGAUUUUACAUAGAAGUUCAGGAGAUUUAAAGACAUCUGGAAAUUAUCGGUGGGUUCCUUAGAGGGUUCAUAGACCACAGUUGAAGAAACCUUCUAAAGAGUCUUUAAAAUUUACUGCUUGUUAGUGUUUGUUCUUUCUCGCCUUUAAACGCAGCCAGAGAGAAGACAAAUUGGAAUGAGAGGUGCAGGCAAAAGAAUCUCUCUCGUUAUCCACGAGGAGAGUGUGUUGAGUGACGGGAGGAAGAAGUGGUGUCUCACGUUAACUGAGAAAAAUAACUUUAUUUGCACAAAUUUGGCAUUUUGAAAGUGGCAAGGUUUUGUUGCCAUCAUUGUUGACUUCUGUCUUCUAACCAUCCAAAAGGUUGAUUUCUCAAAAUCAGUUCAAGGGCCAGGGGAGCUUCUGCUUGGGUAGGCUGACCAGCCUGGGGCUUAAGGGGCAGAGAAGAGACUGGAUUUUUCCUUACAGGAAAAAGUUCUGCACAAUUAGGUUCUUCUGCAUUAAUUAAUCAAUUAAAUUUUUAAUUGAUUAAUUAAUAGAACAAUUGUUGAGCGUAUUUGCAAUAAAAGGAUGGUGCCCUUUGUUGAUAUUGUACAACUCAGGUUCUUCCUCUCCUCCUUCCUUCCCCCCACCUUUUUUUUUUUUUUUUUUAA